ACACCUACUCACUCACGUUUCUACCCUCUUCCUAUUCCUUUAUCCUUGCGAUAGUUUGUCGUAGCUACACCUUUUACCGCCUCAAUACCUCACCUACGAGCAAGCACCAACAGAUCAACCUUCAAGAUGCGCUCCACCGCAGUCCUCGCCGCCUUCCUGGCCUCUGCCCCUGGCCUGGCCCUCGCAUCCGGAUACCUGGGCUUCGCUCUCGGUUCGAAGCAGCCGGACGGGCAGUGCAAGUAUCAGGCAGACUACGAAGCGGACUUCAGGGCCAUCCGAGAUGCUUCGGGAAGCAGCAUCGUCCGCAUCUAUGCUGCUGACCAGUGCAACACUACCCAGUAUAUUCUUCCUGCGGCCAAGCAGGAGGAAUUCCAGGUGAUUCUGGGCAUUUGGCCCGAUACCGAAGAGUCGUACGCCGCCGACAAGGCCGCAAUCCUGAAGCACACACCCGGCUACGAGGACCAAGUCUACGCCAUCACUGUCGGAUCAGAGUCCAUGUACCGCGGCAACUUCACCGGCACCGAGCUGGCGGACAAGAUCAAGGACAUAAAGAAGGCGGCCCCGCUCUUCAAGAUCGGCACCGCGGACAGCUGGAACAAGUAUCAAGACGGCACGGCCGAUGCCGUCAUCAAGGAAGCCGACAUUCUUCUUACCAACGCCUUUUCCUACUGGCAGGGUCAGACGCGCGACAACGCCACUGCCUGCUUCUUCGACUCCAUCAUGCAAGCGUUUGGACGCAUCCAGAGCGUCAGCGGAUCGCUCACCAAGCCUGAGCUGUGGGUUGGCGAGACGGGUUGGCCCAGUGAAGGUGCAAAGUAUCAGCAGGCGAUCCCGGGACAGGACAACGCUCAGGCUUUCUACGAUUCUGGUGUCUGCGGUAUGGUCAAUUGGGGCUUCAACGUGUUCUUCUUCGAGGCCUUUGACGAGCCCUGGAAGCCACAUGCCAUUGGUGAAGAUGGCAGCGAGGCACCCGAGACUCAUUGGGGCGGAAUGAAGGCCGACCGUGCCCCCAAGUACCCCCUCAGAUGUUGAGCGAUGGCGGCUACUGAUUCACUUGAUUACACACACCUUGGAGGAAUGUUUAGUAUCGGGCAGAGGAAGGCAUUUCAGAUGGCAUGGGCGGCGUUUGUUUCGUUGACGAAAGAUUGUCACAGAAAACCAUGAUACCCUAAGAAACGGAAUUCAAUAUUUACACUUUGCUUCCU